CAGGGGCGCAAGCGCCAAAGGAGACCAGGCUGCAGGAAGAGAAGGGCAGAGCGCCGGACAGCUCGGCCCGCUCGGCCGGCUCCCCCUCCUCUGGGGCCGCGGCUGGAGAACUACAAGGCCCAGCAGGCAGCGGCAGGGGGCGGAGGCGGAGGAGGGACCAGCGCCGGUGGGAGUGAGAGGGCGAGCCCUCGCGCCUCGCCGGCGCACAGCGCUCGGAGCGCUCCUUCGGCCACAGGCGCGGCGUCCUCGGCGGCGGGCGGCAGUGAGCGGGAGCCGGGACGCUGGUGCAGCCGUAGCGCGCGGAGGAACCCGGGCUGUGCCGGCAGCAGGGCCACGUCCGGACGGGACCGAGACUCCGCGUAGCGCAUUGCGGCGACCUCGCCUUCCCCGGCCGCGAGCGCGCAGCUGCUCGAAAAGCCGCGGAACCCGAGGACUUUCUCCCGUCCGAGCUCGGGGCGCCCCACAGGGCGCACGGUACCCGUGCUGCAGUCGGGCACGCCGCGGCGCCGGGGCCUCCGCGGAACGAUGGAGCCCGGUCUGCAAGGAGCGUGAGACGCCGCCGCCGCGGUCUGGAAAAGAGGGGCACAAGGUCUGGAGACCCCGGGCGGCGGACGGGAGCCCUCCCCCCGCCCCGCCUCCGGGGCAUCAGCUCCGGCUCCAUUGUUCCCGCCCGGGCUGGAGGCGCCGAGCACCGAGCGCCGCCGGGAGUCGAGCGCCGGCCGCGGAGCUCUCGCGACCCCGCCAGGACCCGAAAAGAGCCCGGGGGCGGCGGGCCGGAGCCGGGGACGCGGGCACACGCCCGCUCGCGCAAGCCACGGCGGACUUUCCCGAGGCGGAACCUCCACGCCGAGCGAGGGUCAGUUUGAAAAGGAGGAUUGAGCUCAAGGUGGAGUAUCCAUGGAGGUGUGGAGCCUUGUCACCAACCUCUAAGUGCAGAACUGGGAUGUGGAGCUGGAAGUGCCUCCUCUUCUGGGCUGUGCUGGUCACAGCCACGCUCUGCACCGCUAGGCCGUCCCCGACCUUGCCUGAACAAGCCCAGCCCUGGGGAGCCCCUGUGGAAGUGGAGUCCUUCCUGGUCCACCCCGGUGACCUGCUGCAGCUUCGCUGUCGGCUGCGGGACGAUGUGCAGAGCAUCAACUGGCUGCGGGACGGGGUGCAGCUGGCAGAAAGCAACCGCACCCGCAUCACAGGGGAGGAGGUGGAGGUGCAGGACUCCGUGCCCGCGGACUCCGGCCUCUAUGCUUGCGUAACCAGCAGCCCCUUGGGCAGCGACACCACCUACUUCUCCGUCAAUGUUUCAGAUGCUCUCCCCUCCUCAGAGGAUGAUGAUGACGAUGAUGACUCCUCUUCAGAGGAGAAAGAGACAGAUAACACCAAACCAAACCGUAUGCCCGUAGCUCCAUAUUGGACAUCCCCAGAAAAGAUGGAAAAGAAAUUGCAUGCGGUGCCAGCUGCCAAGACAGUGAAGUUCAAAUGCCCUUCCAGUGGGACCCCAAACCCCACACUGCGCUGGUUGAAAAAUGGCAAAGAAUUCAAACCUGACCACAGGAUUGGAGGCUACAAGGUCCGUUAUGCCACCUGGAGCAUCAUAAUGGACUCCGUGGUGCCCUCUGACAAGGGCAACUACACCUGCAUUGUGGAGAAUGAGUAUGGCAGCAUCAACCACACCUACCAGCUGGAUGUCGUGGAGCGGUCCCCUCACCGGCCCAUCCUGCAAGCAGGGUUGCCCGCCAACAAGACAGUGGCCCUGGGUAGCAACGUGGAGUUCAUGUGUAAGGUGUACAGUGACCCACAGCCGCAUAUCCAGUGGCUAAAGCACAUCGAGGUGAACGGGAGCAAGAUUGGUCCAGACAACCUGCCUUAUGUCCAGAUCUUGAAGACUGCUGGAGUUAAUACCACCGACAAAGAGAUGGAGGUGCUUCACUUAAGAAAUGUCUCCUUUGAGGACGCAGGGGAGUAUACGUGCUUGGCGGGUAACUCUAUCGGACUCUCCCAUCACUCUGCAUGGUUGACCGUUCUGGAAGCUCUGGAAGAGAGGCCGGCGGUGAUGACCUCGCCCCUGUACCUGGAGAUCAUCAUCUAUUGCACAGGGGCCUUCCUCAUCUCCUGCAUGGUAGGGUCGGUCAUCGUCUACAAGAUGAAGAGUGGCACCAAGAAGAGCGACUUCCACAGCCAGAUGGCUGUGCACAAGCUGGCCAAGAGCAUCCCUCUGCGCAGACAGGUGUCUGCUGACUCCAGUGCGUCCAUGAACUCUGGGGUUCUUCUGGUUCGGCCAUCACGGCUCUCCUCCAGUGGGACUCCCAUGCUAGCAGGGGUCUCCGAGUAUGAGCUUCCUGAAGACCCUCGCUGGGAGCUGCCUCGGGACAGACUGGUCUUAGGCAAACCCCUGGGAGAGGGCUGCUUUGGGCAGGUGGUGUUGGCAGAGGCCAUCGGGUUGGACAAGGACAAACCCAACCGUGUGACCAAAGUGGCUGUGAAGAUGUUGAAGUCGGACGCAACAGAGAAAGACUUGUCAGACCUGAUCUCAGAAAUGGAGAUGAUGAAGAUGAUCGGGAAGCAUAAGAAUAUCAUCAACCUGCUGGGGGCCUGCACGCAGGACGGUCCCUUGUAUGUCAUCGUGGAGUAUGCCUCCAAGGGCAACCUGCGGGAGUACCUGCAGGCCCGGAGGCCCCCGGGGCUGGAAUACUGCUACAACCCCAGCCACAACCCAGAGGAGCAGCUCUCCUCCAAGGACCUGGUGUCCUGCGCCUAUCAGGUGGCCCGAGGCAUGGAGUAUCUGGCCUCCAAGAAGUGCAUACACCGAGACCUGGCCGCCAGGAAUGUCCUGGUGACAGAGGACAAUGUGAUGAAGAUAGCAGACUUUGGCCUCGCACGGGACAUUCACCACAUCGACUACUAUAAAAAGACAACCAACGGUCGACUGCCUGUGAAGUGGAUGGCGCCCGAGGCAUUGUUUGACCGGAUCUACACCCACCAGAGUGAUGUGUGGUCUUUCGGGGUGCUUCUGUGGGAGAUCUUCACUCUGGGCGGCUCCCCAUACCCUGGUGUGCCUGUGGAGGAGCUUUUCAAGCUGCUGAAGGAGGGUCACCGCAUGGACAAGCCCAGUAACUGCACCAACGAGCUGUACAUGAUGAUGCGGGACUGCUGGCAUGCAGUGCCCUCACAGAGACCCACCUUCAAGCAGCUGGUGGAAGACCUGGACCGCAUCGUGGCCUUGACCUCCAACCAGGAGUACCUGGACCUGUCCAUGCCCCUGGACCAGUACUCCCCGAGCUUUCCCGACACCCGGAGCUCUACAUGCUCCUCAGGGGAGGAUUCCGUCUUCUCUCAUGAGCCGCUGCCCGAGGAGCCCUGCCUGCCCCGACACCCAGCCCAGCUUGCCAAUGGCGGACUCAAACGCCGCUGACUGCCACCCACACGCCCUCCCCAGACUCUACCGUCAGCUGUAACCCUCACCCACAGCCCCUGCCAGGCCCACUGCCUGUCCGUCCCUGUCCCCUUUCCUGCUGGCAGGAGCCCGCUGCCUACCGGGGGCCUUCCUGUGUGGCCUGCCUUCACCCCACUCAGCUCACCUCCUCCUCCGCCUCCUCUCCACCUGUUGGUGAGAGGUGCAAAGAGGCAGAUCUUUGCUGCCGGCCACUUCAUCCCCUCCCAGAUGUUGGACCAAGACCCCUCCCUGCCACCAGGCACUGCCUGGAGGGCGGGGAGUGGGAGCCGAUGAACAGGCAUGCAAGUGAGAGCUUCCUGAGCUUUCUCCUGUCAGUUUGGUCUGUUUCGCCUUCACCCGUAAGCCCCUUGCACUCUGGUGGCAGGUGCCUUGUCCUCAGGGCUACAGCAGUAGGGAGGUCAGUGCUUCGAGCCUCGAUCGAAGGUGACCUCUGCUCCAGAUGGGUGGUGCCAGUGGCUUUACUAAUUCCGAUACUAGUUUGCUUUGCUCACCAAAUGCCUGGUACCAGAGGAUGGUGAGGUGAAGGCCAGGUUGGGGGCAGUGUUGUGGCCCUGGGGCCCAGCCCCGAACUGGGGGCUCUGUACAUAGCUAUGAAGAAAACACAAAGUGUAUAAAUCUGAGUAUAUAUUUACAUGUCUUUUUAAAAGGGUCGUUACCAGAGAUUUACCCAUCGGGUAAGAUGCUCCUGGUGGCUGGGAGGCAUCAGUUGCUAUAUAUUAAAAACAAAGAAAAAAGAAAAAAAAGAAAAAUGUUUUUAAAAAGGUCAUAUAUUUUUUGCUACUUUUGCUGUUUUAGUUUUUUAAAUUAUGUUCUAAACCUAUUUUCAGUUUAGGUCCCUCAAUAAAAAUUGCUGCUGCUUCAUUUUUCUAUGGGCUGUGUGAAAAGGGUGGGAAUGUCCACUGGAAAGAAGAGACACCCACGGGCCCUGGGGCUAGGUCUGUCCCGAGGGCACUGCACGCUCCUGGCGCAGGUUCCUUGUAACCUCUUCUUCCUAGGUCCUGCACCCAGACCUCACGACGCACCUCCUGCCUCUCCGCUACUUUUGGAAAGUCAGAAAAAGAAGAUGUCUGCGUCGAGGGCAGGAACCCCAUCCAUGCACUAGACGCGCUGGGCGGAGAGUCAAGGCCCAGCAGCCAACCACCAUGGAUGGUUUCCUCCAAGGAAACCGGUGGGGUUGGGCUGGGGAGGGGGCACCUACCUAGGAAUGGCCACCAGGUAGAGCUAAAGUGAUUAAGAGGUAGCCAAGGGCACAGUUGCUCACACCUGUAAUCCCAGCACUUUGGGACGCCGAGGUGGGCAGAUCACUUAAGGUCAGGAGUUCGAGACCAUCCCGGCCAACUUAGUGAAAACCCAUCUCUACUAAAAAUAUAAAAAUUAUCCAGGCAUGGUGGCACGCGCCUGUAAUCCCAGCUCCACAGGAGGCUGAGGCAGGAGAAUGCCUUGAACCUGGGAGGCGGAGGUUGCAGUGAGCGGAGACUGUGCCAUUGCAUUCCAGCCUGGGCGACAGAGAAAACAGAAAGGAAAGCAAAUGAUGAAGGUCUGCAGAAGCUGAAACCCAGACAUGUGUCUGCCCCAUCUGUGUGGGCGUGGUUUUGCCGGUGCUUGUAAGUGCAGGAGAACAUGUCACCUGAGGCUAGUUCUGCAUUCAGGUCCCUGGCUUCGUUUCUUGUUGGUAUUCCUCCCCAGAUCGUCCUUCCUGUAUCCUUGUGACCAGACUGUAUUUAUUGGGACUGUCGCAGAUCUUGGCUUCUUACAGUUCUUCCUGUCCAAACUCCACCCUACCCCUCAGGAAGGGGGGAAAAUUCUCCGAAUGCUUUUGUUUUUUUGGCUGCUUGGAAUUUACUUCUGCCACCUGCUGGUCAUCACUGUCCUCACCAGGCGGAUUCUGGCUCCCCGGUACCUCAUGGCUCAAACUACCACUCCUCAGUCGCUAUAUUAAAGCUUACAUUUUGCUGGAUUACUGCUAAAUACAAAAGAAAGUUCAGUAUGUUUUCAUUUCUGUAGGGAAAAUGGGAUUGCUGCUUUAAAUUUCUGAGCUAGGAUUUUUUUUGGCAGCUACAGUAUUGGUCACUAUUGUAAAAUUAUCUUUGUUUCUCUCUGUAAAUACGCACCUGCUAACAUUACAAUUUGUAUUUAUGUUUAAAGAAGGCAUUUGGUGAAGAGCUGGGAAAGGAAUUUUUAGCUCUUAAAAGCAUUUGCUUUGAGACCACACAGGAGUGUCUUUCCUUGUAAAACAGUGAUGAUAUUCUGCUUUGGCCCUACCUUGAAGCAAUGUUGUGUGAAGGGAUGAAGACUCUAAAAGGCUUCAUAAGCCCUUGGGAGAGGUGCUAGAAAAAUAUAUGGCACUAUCAUAAUUA